UCUUAAUGGAAAAUAAUCAUCACAAAGCUGAAAAGAAACAGUCUUUUCUUAAUGAGUCGCCUGAUGGAGAAAUCAAAGCUCUGUUUUGGGUCCCACUCGCUAUUUUUGUUAGCAUGAUGAAUGCUGUAGGAAACAUUUGAUUCAGUUAUGUUUCGAAAUACAAAUAUAAAGCUGCUGGAAUGGAAGGGAUCGGUGAAUUCAUCGGAAAUUUCACUGCCCUCAUAGCGAUCAGCUUUUACUCAAAACUAGCAAGCUCAGUCGAUAAAUCUGAGGCUAUGAGCGAAUCUCAGUCCACUUGGUUCAAGUGGUUUUAUGAUAUUUACUAUGUAAGAAAGAAAGAUGUCAAUGGGAAUAUACUCGAAAACCAAUGGGAGAACAAGAUCCAGUUUGUUAGAGUAUUUCUCACUCUUAUUAUUAUUAUAUUUAUACUUGCAGUGAACUUAUGAUAUGCUGUGGGGUAUCAUUAUGCAGCGAUUGGACAUCUUAAUACUGGAGUGCUUUCUUCAUGAGGAGUCACUCGGGUGAUCUUCACUUCGAUUAUCUUUCACUUUUUAUUCAAGCAAAGUUUGAGGUGGUACGAAUAUGUGGGAAUCGUCAUGAUGAUAUUCUCGGUACUGGCUAUCGUCAAUUCAGGAAAUGAAGAGAUUAUAAAUGAAGACCAAGAAACACAAAUAACAUAUAUCAUUUUAUCAUGAGGAGUUAUUAUCUUUUCCACUUUAAUCGAAUCUGUUACAUCUGCAAUGUUGAAAUACUUCAUUGGGAGCUCCAAAGAAGUGAAUGUUUCUGCAUUUUUCAAUUUCGCACUCGCUAUAGCAGGAGCGCUGUUUUGUGUUUACUUCCUGAUUUUGCUAUAUCAAGGAUUCCAAUUUACAGCUUUUGAAUUAUGGAUAUCGAUUCUUGGCGGAAGUACAUACACAGUGGCCACCUAUCUUAUGACAUAUAUCAAUGUUAGAGGGAAGGCUGGAGUCGCGAAUGCUAUCUUCGAAUCACGGACUCUAUUUCAGACACUUCUCGACCUAAUCCUGUUCUCCAGAUUCCCAAAUCUGGAACAGUACAUCGGCCUAUUACUGGGAUUCACAUCAGUGCUGGUGAUAAUCGUGUUUAACUCAUUAAGAGGAAAAUAGUUC